GGGCUCGGUGAGGACUGUGGGAAUAGGAGCGUGCCAUCCCGAGGCAGAAGAGAAAUUUCUGUCCGUCUGUGUCCAUGUCUCCACUCUUCUCCCGGCUCUGCUCCGACAAAGACCAUCAGUGUCCCGCCUGCUGUUCCGCCUCUGGAUUUCAGUCAGCUGGAUUACCACUCGGACUCCGCGCUCAUUAUUCCGCGCUGACACGUUUAAAUGGGAGCCAAAGUUGGACCUCCUUGGACUGCACGGAUGGUGACAAACAGUUUUCUGGUGCUUUUAAGAUCUCCCUAGCAUUCAAGAUGAUCUCACUUUUCUUGAGUAAAAGUGUUUUUAUAUGUACAAUUAUUUAAGCUUCUUCUGUCUUUUUUUUCCUUUCUUUUUUUAAAUGUAAAAUAAGUUAGCGAAAUAAUAUUUUGAACUUGGCUGGUGAGGCAGAUUUUGAUGAGAAAUAUGAGUGGAGACGAGGGUUAGAGAUCGGUCUCCAUGUUCACCCUGUCAGAAGUCAACUGUUCUCACCUUGGUUUUUAGUUUACUACUGAAAAUGUGACUGUAGGAUGGUUUUCUGUACUCUGUUAUGGACAGAUUUUUAUUUUUGGCCCCAGCGGAGUCUUGACAGUGGACUACAUGUGAACUUGCGUCUCUCCUAGAUCUAUCCUCUCAAAAGGGAACCAUCAAGCUAAACUCUUCUCUGUUAACCCACUUAGUAGCCUGAUCUCCCCUCUGGGGGCUCCUUUCAAACAUCUGUCCUACUCUAGUUAUUCUUUUAUAUAUAUAUAUUAUUUUUAUUAUUUUGAGCAAGGCAAAAGUCAAACCAGCAAAAGGGGGUAAAGGGAAGGAAGACACCCCCCUCCCAAAGGUGAGAGGGGGGGGAAGAUGGCAGCUCUCGCCAGCUCUCUCAUCAGACAGAAACGGGCGGUCAAGGACGACCAAAGCAACCGACCGGUAGCCAACAAAAGAAAGCCCUGUCCGAAGAGCAACAAGUCCCUGUGCCAGAAGCAGAUCCUGGUCUUGAUCUCGAAAGUGCGGCUAUGUGGGGGUCGAAAAGGUCGAAUCGAGAAAAGACCAGAGCCCCAGCUGAAAGGCAUUGUUAGCCGGCUAUACAGCCAGCAUGGAUACUACCUGCAAGUUCAGCCGGAUGGGACCAUUGGCAGCACAAAGGAUGAAAGUAGCUCAUUUUCACAGUUCAACUUAAUUCCAGUGGGACUGCGGAUUGUGGCAAUUCAAGGGACAAAAACAGGGUUGUACAUCGCCAUGAACAGUGAAGGAUACCUCUAUACCUCGGAGCACUUCACUCCCGAGUGUAAGUUCAAGGAGAGCGUGUUUGAGAACUACUACGUCACGUACUCAUCCAUGCUCUAUCGCCAGACCCAGUCCGGCCGCUCCUGGUACAUUGGCAUCAACCGCGAUGGCCAGAUCAUGAAGGGCAACCGGGUAAAGAAGACCAAGGGGGCCGCACAUUUCCUGCCUAAAGUUUUAGAGGUUGCGAUGUAUAAGGAGCCGUCGCUACACGAGCUCGCCGGUGAGCCGGUGAGUCCUCCCCGGAAGACAGCCAAGACGUCAGAUUCACCGACCCUAAAGAAUGGACAGAGAGAAGCUCCCAAGGCGGACGCUUCCUAGCACAGGAGCCCGAGGGUGGGGACCAAGGGCAGCAGUGACGCUGGGAACACAGUGGUCCAUGAUGCACUGAGGGGAGGGCAGUGGGAACAGCUGUCGGCACCCCCCCCUCGCCACAUUCCAGAGGUGCACUGCACGAUGCUGAGGGACAAAUGGUCAGCAGUCCAUCAGCAGCCGACAAGGCCCGAGAGAGAAGCCCUCCCCACCCCACCCACCUAUAUCUAACCGCAGACCCAAACAAACCCCCUGCCACCCCUCCACCUAUGUCUCCUUAUAUCACAGGUUCCUUCAGUUCGUGGCAGAGCUUCUUUUGCCGGAAAAUGUAAUCUGGUUUUAAAUUCCCCUUUCAGUGUUCACCCUGUUGUUGUCCAAAGUCACUCAUCUUCCUCCUCCCCAAGCCCCCGAAGCUGGUUUGGCUCAGCCACCUCGCUCCCCCGGCCUCUGCCCACCAGCUGCGCAAAUCACCGAGGUCGACCAAAGCUCACAGCGAGAUGAAACGGUUCAGGGAGGGAUCCAGGCCUGGGUCGGAUCGGGUCACUCAGAGGUUUAUCUUACAUCAAAGCCAAAGCCAGAUUUUUUUGCCUCUUUUAUUUGGUUUUUUCUCGUUAUCUUGUGACUGUGAGACUGUGAUUCUAAAACACAAUCACUAUAAUAAAAACACUGAAAAGAUGAGGUCAAGGACAAUAAGAGGUCAAUAGACAGGAGGUGAUGAGAACACUAUAAAUAAUACACUUAAUAAUAAUAAGAACAUGAUAAAUAAUAAUAAUAAUAAUAAUAAUAAUAAUACAUGAAUAAAAAUGAUUAUUAUUGCCGAUUUUAAUACCAACACUAAUGGAAAAAGGUCAGUAUAUUUACAAAAAAGCCAGAAGACAAUUCUCAAAAGACAGAAAAUAAAGAGUGAGUUCACCUUUGUGAUAGCUAAUUAUUGCACUGGCUCAUUAAAGCCUUCAACGGAGCAACUGGGACCCAAGUUAAACCCAGGGUGGAACUGAGCUCAAACACCUGAAAAGGGAGCAGCGAUGUACACUUCAGUCAGCAUCUGCUGUCAGCAUAAAACCAGGUUUGAAGCCCAACAUCAAAGCCAGUGAGCCUCUGAGCUGGAGCACUUGUUAUUCUGAGGAUGUCUGGCAGCUUAUCCACUCACUAGCUUUAUCAAAUCACCUUGGAAGAAUUGCCCUCAAAAAAAAGAAAAAAAAAAAAAAAAGAAAGAAAAAGAGACUUCCCCGACUGAAUGUCUUGGUGUCGCCGGGCUUUAACCCCCUGUGAGUGAAUGUUUGUGGAUGUCCUGUAUAUGCCUGUACAGAGGAUAGAUAGAGGAACUGAGGUUACCCUCCUCCGUGUCCUUCAGACGCAGCACAAGAUUGGCUCUUUGAUACGUGCGCAUCUGUGAAUAAGUGAUUCUUCAUCCCGUCUCGUGGACCAUUUUCACUGACUAGUCUAUAUUCAUUUUUAAAAAAAGCAUGAAAGAGGAUUUCUGGGCCGUCCUCAUGGAAACUCAGCUGGAAGGAGGCUCAUUAAUACAAUGCAAUCAACCGAUGUUUCAGGUGAGAAAUAUGUGCUGACCUGAUGGAAGCUGAGGUUUUUUUAGAUGGGAGCAGUCAGGGGAUGUCAGGGCUGUUGGCUACUGUCUGCUCUGGUAAGCCACUGAGCAGAUAAAAACAUAAAUAAAAAAAAAAACAACGUCACCUCUGCAUUUCAUCAAAGUGAGUGUGCACGGCACCACCAACAAACACAGAUGGCAGUACAGUAGGCCUGCUGUUUUGUCCUGGAAAACAAGGCCAACCUUGAAGCAACACUGCAGAUGAUUUCAGGAGCCACCUACGGUUCUGAUGCGGUCCAGAACUGUCAAAAACACCAUUUGUGGGUUGCACCUGGCUCACAAGUACAAAUACAGGAUUUGUUUACCACAGAAAUCAAAAAAAGGACAAAAUAAGGAGAGCCAAAUCAAUUUAGAGCAACAGGUAUAGUGGAAUCCCAGUUUCCAAUUCCAGUGCAGCUAGCCGUAGAUGCUGUAUCGCUGCAAAUAAACAUGCAUCCGCUGAACAUUUUAAUUGUGCUGCAGUCAAAUACAGUAAUCCCUCGUUUUUCGCGGGGGUUACGUUAAAAAAACAACCCGUGAUAGGUGAAAUCUGUGAAGUAGUAACCUUUAUUUUUUUUACAAUUAUUAUACAAGGCUUCAACUUGCGGAGAUCGGAGAUCAGCCCCGCCCCCCCGUGACCCGAGUAAUUGGAUUUGAACGAGAGAAAAUGAAUUAUGAUUAUGAAAAAAUAUAUAAUAAGUACAGUAGGACAAAUUGUCACUGGCGCUUAUUUCUCUCUAUAUCUCUUCUGACUGUGCCGCCCCAUCCUGACUUUACUCUGCUCUGUAGCGUGUUUUUCUUGUGUUUUUUUGAGAGAAGAACAUAAUUAUGGGUAAUUGUUGUCGCUCUUUUUUCUUCUGGGCAGAAAGUGUCUUAUAAACCGACAUGCCACCACCAUCGAUUAUAUUUGAGAACUGUAGCGGGGAGACUGUUUAGCCAAUCAGAAUGCAGAACACAACACACAAUGCAAAUCUGUGAAGCAGCGAGACCGUGAGAGCUGAACCGCGUUAUAGCGAGGGAUUACUGUACGGUAACGGGAAAGGACUGUAUGCAACUUUAGCUCCAACACUUUAGCAUCAUUUAGCCAUUAGCAGAUAAGCAACUGUUGCCAUGAUGCUAUCAGUCAAACAACAACAACUAGUCAUCAAAAUGUACUUUAGAAACUCACUUGGCCGCCUUUAGCCUACCCACAAAUCAACGUGGAAACAUUAGUUCCAGUUUCAGCACACAUUGUAGUCGAAGUCCAACGAGUUGUGAAAUGAUUGGUGAAACAGUUAAAGAUCAAAUUAAAGCGUGGUGAAGUUUACUAGCCAAUCAAAACAAGAAAUAAAGACAAGUCAGUUACCAAUAACACUGCUGACUAGUCUAGCAACAAAAUUACAAAUUGAGCACUGGUCCUGCAUGCCAUUCGUUCUUGUGGCCUUCACCAACGACCAAGCAGCGGUCUCUUCCACCCCGUGCUCAGUCUCUUUAUUUUUCCUUCACCACCUUCACCAAACUAUCAUCUCAAACUGAAGAAAAGGAGAAAUCUGCAGUCUUGCUUUGAGCGGUUGCUGAAACGAACCACGUCUAAAUCCCAGCAGGUGUUUGAAAACUCUUAGGUUGACAAAAUGUGACGAUGGGUUCAGGGGAAGAACGAGGCCAUCUGAAUGUGCUGUCAUGAGGGUGAAAGUAAGUCAGAAAUUGCGACUGGAAUUGUAAGGAGGCCGUCACAUGGAAGCUUGUUAUUUACAGAGUGAAGGAUUAGCAGGUGUAUUCUUGAGCGCUAACGAUAAGGACUUCAUGAGGCGGAGCGAGCAGCAGAGUUUUGGCAGCGUUGUUUUGCAGCAUGUAGAUAUGAUAAUGAAUGUGAGACAAAGAGGCACGCGAGGCACCGAGCGCUAUUUUUGACAGGGGGUCUGUGGAGGAAAUUAGUUGGAGGGCUUUUUUUAAUGCUUUUUUUCCUAUUAAGUCUUUAAUUUUCUGGGAUUCUCUCAGGAGAACAUCACUACCCUCGUGGCAAAUCCUGUACUAUAGACCUACAAACGACUGUUUCUACAACGCUUGCGCUCUCGUCUCUCUGGGGAAUUUGGUAAACUUUGGUUUCCAGCUGUGCAUUACUAACUACUGCAUGAUAUCAAAGUGUUUGCACAGCAGGUUGCGCGCAGGGUUUGUGUGUUUUUGGAGCGGCUCGGGAUCAAUAAAGAGAAAAGCGAAGAAUUGGAAUGCGUAAAACAGUGACUGAGUGACAGCAAAUGAAUCUUAAAAGCCCAAAUUUCUCUCUUGGAGUUUCUGGCAGUGUUAACUACUUUAAAGAGAAAGAGAGACAGAAAAUUGCAAAUGUGUCUAAAUCCCUCAAGAUAAAAAACACACAGAUUCAGGGAUCACUUUUGCAUGAGAAAGUAAAAUCUUCAUCCAAACUUCAAUCAACCGACGUUAUUUCGAUCCUUACUUUCAGUGAGCCUUUCCUUCAGGUUCCUCCACAGAUUUUGGAGCUCCGUUAAAGCCCCCUGUCCGUGCACCGUUUACAGGGAAAGAUGCCACAGGAAGUUGUCAAAUUGUGAUAUUGCAAGUAGAGCGAGAAGAACGUGUAAUGUUAUGUAGCUGGAAAAAGUAGGAAGAUGCAAGAUGGAAACAGAAAAGUGCAUUGUUGACUGAGAGUCCCCGAAAGUAAAGCAGGUCUGAAAAUGAAAAAACAGCUUGAGAGUAUUAAGAUCUCCAUUUAUGUGGUUUGAAGGAAUCAGAAAGUGCUUUUGUUUGUUCUAGGAGAAUGUAUUUAUUGAAAGUUGUAAAUAUUCUUCCAGGUAACGUGGAAAACCAAUAUGCUCACAUGCUGUACUGCCAUUUGUGUGCCCAUACAUGAGUCUAAAGUAACGCCCCCCAUCCCACAGAAGCUGUUCUGUACUACAGUCUGUUAACAUCAGGCCAUCCGCGUAGCCGUCGACUCACCGCGUCUUCGCAUGACCUUGGCGUGAGAGACGGAGAGUCCAUGACCACUAAUGAGGAAAGAGCAAAGAAAAGAGGAAAAGACAGAAUUGAAACAGUGAUCUAUAGACUGAAUAAAACACAAACAGCCAUCCAGCGAUGGGGACAGAUUUCCCAACGGUCCGCUGCAGUCAGAAAAAUCCAUUUGUCCGUGAUGAACUCACACGGCUCUUAUUUGAUUUUUACUUGUAAACUUUGUCCCUUGCAGUUUUCUUCCAUUUAAAACAACACAAACACCCACAACUGUAGUGUCAUUUAAACACAGACACCCAGAAAAACCAGAGGAAAGUAAGAAAUAACCUCCCAAACCCACCCAAAGGAAAAAAAAAGUCUGAACGGUAUUACUGUAAAACUGGAAGAAUGAUGCACCUUACUAGAAGCUAUAUUGCACUGUACAACCAACAUCCAGGAAACUAUCUGGAUCCAAGCCAGGUAUUUGAAGUGUAUUUGAACUUACCAACAACACUCUGAACUCUGUGUUAUUGUAACGCUAUGCCAGGAUAUGUUUGAGUUUGUUUUUUUGUGUACUACAUGAAAGCAUUGUGAACUAUGCAUCGUUUGGUUUCAACGUUUCUGCAUGUGGAGCUUAUCUUAAUGUCUUGAGUGAUCUGUUUAGUCAUUUAAAAACGUGCAGAUGAAUUCCCUGCGCAGACAGACACAAACAAUCCAAUCCACUGUUACCUUCUCACCUGCUCUGGUCGUUUCCUGUCAAUCCAUCUCUGCAAGUGUUGCUGCACAGACUUUUGUGUCUUUUGUGUCCAGAAUACUCAAACGUGCACCACGCUGUUUGAUUAAAGCGUAAAACUGUCUCACUAGCGCCCUCUAACGGUUGUGGAUGGUCACUACACGUAUCACCUCUAACGAGGACAGAGGGGUUUGAAGGGGCUUUCUGUGUUUUUACAUUUGCUGCUUUUAGAUAUUCUGACAUUCAUGAGUCCCUGUUACAUUUUGGUGCUUUAAUAACACGCUCACAUGAUGAGCAUGGCAGCGGGUGUGAGGCUUUUGGUUCAGAAAUAUAAACUGCAGCAGUUCCGUGCAUUUGAUUUGAUCUUUCUACUCAUAUUAUGUUAUUUUAUUUAUUUUGCUUCCAAAAUUGCUAAUUGUUUAAGACAGUUGAGAACAUUAGAGCCAUCAAACGAAUCAUUUAUAAAUAAGCCACUAAACACCAGAACUAAAUCAAUGUGCAGGUUUUUAAUUUUCAAAGCAGAAGCUGAUCUUUAGCUCCAGUUAUGUUUCUGAAUAAUGUUUUUAUCUUGUUUAAAAUGCAGAAACCACUUAUGUUGUGCCUGCAGAGUAUUACUGCUGUUACGUGACCUAGCGGAUCUGUUGUGUGACUGGAUUCGUUGUGGAAAACAAAAAAAAAACAUAUAACAAAGCUGUAUGCUUAUAAGCAUAACUUUUCUGGGUGGACAAAAUGUACAGAAAUGUGUGCGUCUGCUUUACUAUAUCCUCUCUUUUUCUCUGAAAUGUGCUAAUCUAUGUUUAUUUUUUUUUGUAUUGCCUUUUGUUUGUCUUACUUUGUCAUUCAAGCCCAUCAGAAGGAAGCAGAAAAGUUGUUUCUGUCUUUGUUAUUUAUCUUUGUUCGGCGCUGUCGUUUCCACAGUUAUUCAAAUCCCGAGGGAAAUUCAUCCAAACUGAACCUCACUGUUCGACUAAGCUGUGUGUGAAGUUUAAGAUGCAGUGAAUUCCAGCGAAAACAUCAAAAGGACAACAGCUCUGAAAGGCAACGUGCUUGUGCCUUGGUGUUUUGGUCAUGCAAGUCUUCCAGAAUACUCCCGCAAUGGCUUCCGUCCACUCUUACGGACUCUGGACUUCUCUCUCUAAAAACAAUCCCCUUGUCUUCCAAAAACACUGACAGAUUUUUAAAGGAAAAGAAGAAGAAAAAAAACUAGAGAAAAGAAAGAAGCCAUAACUAAAACUGGGAUGUGGCAGGCCUGACUUCUGACUAUCACCAGGGAUUUAGACGUGUAGGGCUCCUCGCAACACGAGCCCGAAGACGCAGCAGAACCAUUCUGUACUGUUUUGUCUGAACACUUCAAGCGACGGCAAAGCAGAGAUGGAGACCAGCAAUAUGCAACGAGAAAUACCAGCCUGUUUACCCAAGGAGGACAAGCAAACCCAGCAGGUCAGUUAAAAUCAGGAUUUGCAGGCAACAGUGGACAUCAGUGGUCUGCAAUAACAACUCGUAACUGUCCAGAGUGACUUCCUUUUUUUUUAAAGCAUGCAUUCAUUGGCUCCUUAAGGAUGACUCCCUCGCAGUUUCGACAGAGACAAGCCCUCAAUUCACCCUCUCUCCGUGUUUGUCGUCUGAUCUGUGUACAUUUCUACUACAACUCCUACAUGAAAUGAAAGGAGAUGUCUUAUU